UCCGGGUCAACGCGAACGCAUCUGUCCACCAGCAACAUGUCUCGGGUGUCAGAGGGCUGCCGCCCGAGCAAGUGAGAGAAGCGGACUGCUUCAACGAAAGCAGCAGAGACCGAAGGGAAAGUCCUUUUAAAGUUGCGCGACCUUCAUAAAACGCGGAGUGUUCUGCGUCGCUUCCUGUUUCGAGAGCUGUUAUAAAGCCGCUCGCCGGCAGUCAAUGCAGCGGACCGUCCACCGCAGCCACACACGCGACCGAAAUGCAGAAUGGGAAAAGCCGAUUGCAGCAGGUCCAGGAGGAUGCGGAAGAGGUGAAGGACAUCAUGCUGGACAAUCUGAACAAGGCGGAAGAGCGAUCUGAAAAACUGGGUGACCUGGAGGACAGAGCUGAUGAGCUGCUAAGACAGAGUAAAGCCUUCGAAAAGAAAUCCAACCAAGUGAAGGAAAAAACAAGAUGGAAAAACAAGAAAGUGAAAAUCAUGUUAAUUGCAGUUGUAGUUGUCGUGGCCCUCGUCGUAGUUGGACUCAUCAUCUUUGCCACUUCAACAUAGCACACUCCUGCUCGGAUGGAUGAAAAGGGAAAUAUUGGGACUGAUGUGGACUAAGAUAAAAAGUCCAGGAGCAUUUCGCCUGAAUGGUGAAGUCUGUGCUUACUCUGUGUUUAGAUAUAUUUAUGGGGCUAUCUUAUCAGUCUCACACGUUUGUAAGAGAUUAUGGUACCAUUAAUAGCUGCUUCUUUUGUUUUUCCAUAGCUUGUCCUGAUUAUGCUGCGUCCAGCCCACAUUGAAAAGAAAGAUGUGUUUUUUGUUUUUAACUGUGCCAACUCUCAUUUGGCUAAUUUAAACAUAGUUUGUUUAGUACCUGAAUCAAUUGUCCACCACAUCUAUGUAGAAAACAGAUUUCUGAUUUAUAUUCAACACAUUUUACUGGGAUUUCUGUAAUUUAACAAGUGACUUGCUGCAUAAAAUAUUGACACCAA